CCAACCCGAUUCGAAACCACAGAGAAAGAAAGAAAGAAAGAAAGAAGAAGAGGAAAGAGGAAGAGAUGGCAAAUCUGUUCAACAAGCAAGCGAAGAUGUAUUUGGAGACUCGGCCGAGUUAUCCGCCGAAGUUGAUCGAAUUCAUAGCCUCCAAAACGCUAGGCCGCCAGCUCGCCUGGGAUGUCGGCACCGGCAACGGCCAGGCGGCAUUUUCCUUGGCGAAGAUAUUCAAAGAUGUGGUGGGUACAGACACAAGCGGGGAGCAACUCUCUUUAGCCCAUGAUCUCCCCAACGUUCGUUACCAACAAACCCCACCCACCAUGUCCAUAGAUGAAGUGGAGAGCCUCGUGGCACCACAAGGAACGGUUGAUCUGGUGACCAUUGCCCAAGCCCUCCAUUGGUUUGACCACACAGCCUUCUACCAACAAGUGAAAAGGGUCCUCAAGAAACCCCAUGGAGUUAUCGCUGGAUGGUGCUACUCUGAGCCAGAAGUUAACGACGCCAUUGACGCCGUCUAUUCACGGAUCUAUAAAGAGUCCGCACCGUACUGGGCCCCACCAAGGAAAUUUGUGGACUACAGGUACAGGACCAUUGAUUUUCCUUUCGAGCCCGUAGAAGGAGAAGAUCACACGGGUCCAUUUCAAUUUGAAGCGACGAGGACAAUGGAUUUGGAAUCUUAUUUUACGUACAUAAGAUCAUGGUCAGCAUAUCAGACGGCUCGUGGUAAAGGUGUCGAGUUGUUGACGGAAGAAGUGGUCAAAGAUUUUGAGAGAGCUUGGGGAGGAGAUCGAACAAGCCAGAAGAUAGUGAGAUUCCCAAUUUAUGUGAGGAUUGGGAGGGUUGGAACUCAGUGAGAAAAUAUUGUCUUGAUCAUCAAGGCCCUGUGAACAUGUUUUUACCGUGCCCAAAUUUUUCAGUUGAUUAAUGUCAUAAUUGAUAAUUUGAUGGAAUGUAGAUUCUUUAGCCAAUCUUGCGCCUCCUAUAAUUGAUGAAAUUCUCAAGAUCCCUAUUUGUUCUCAA